GCCGCCGCGUCACGGGCCCGUCGCGGCAGUUGCGCGUGGCGGGAGGGCGCCGUCCGGUUUCCACGGGAACGGGCCGCCGCGCGCCGCCCGGUUCGUGCAGGGCGGGUGGGACGGGCCUGGCCUCCGUCGUAACGGGCGCGACGCGCUGCCGUGAGACGCCGCAGCGGUCAUGGCGGGCGGGCGUCAGUCGCUGUGCCUCAGCGGCUCCUCCCGCUCCCCCAGGCCAGCGGUGCCUAAGCAGAAGCGGGACGAGGUCGACGCGGCGCUACAGGGCGCUCGGCUGGCGGCGACCGAGGCGUCCCGGGCCGGGCACCGCGAAGCCACCCGCCGUCUGGCCGGGAGCAACGCGGAGCUGCUGUGGCGGCGGCAGGGCGCGGAGAAGGAGGCGGCGGCCCUGACGAAGCAGGGUCAAGAGAAGACGGCGGAGAUUGAGAAACUGAAACAGGACCUGGUUGAUUUGAAACAGCAAUUUCAAGAAGAGAAGAAGCAGCUGGCAAGUUGUUACACAAAACAAGUGCAAGAACUGGAAAAGAAAUUUCAGAAAGAAGUCAGAGAAAUUGGCCAAAUUCAAUUAGAACUGAAACUAACAAAGGAGUUCCACAGGGAGAAAGCAGCUAUUGAGAAAGAGCUGGAAGAUUUUAAAGAGCAUGUGGAGAUUUCAAACAGGAGACAUCAGGAAGUGUUUGUGAAAUUGGAGAGGAAGUUUCCUGAAGGAAAGAAAACACUGGAAGAAGAUGUUGAGAAAAAGCAAAACACGAUGGCAGAGACCACCCAGUGCAAGGCUGUUUUGCAGCUGAACAACACCGGGAGAGACGUGUUUAAGGAGAAUGUUCAUCUUCAGGGUGCAUUUGAUCACCAGCUGAAAGAGACAAUGGAAUUUCAGCAAAUCAAACAAAAGUUAGAAGAGGACAAAAUUCGUCUGUUACAGGAGAAGGAAGCCUAUGAGGAUUUGAUUUGUAAAAAUAUCCUACAGCUCAAUUGCCAGAAAGCACAGAUUGGAGAUCUGCAGCGUAAAGUGAAAAAGCUGGAGGCAGCCUUAUGUCGCAUGACCAGCAACUCUGAGAGGGAGCCUCAGAAAACACAGCAUCAAGUGCUAACAGAAAACCAGGCAAACAUAGUGGAGAUGAAGAAACUGCAGCAACUACUGGAAAUGAAGGAUCGGGAGAUGAACCGAGUGAAGAAACUAGCCCGGAAUAUCUUAAAUGAGAGGACUGAAGUGGAAAUGUUCUUCCUAGAUGCCCUGGAACAUGUGAAGCAGGAGAUCAUAUCCAGUAGAAAACACUAUAAGAAACAGGCCCAAAUUGCCUAUUACAGAAAAAUGAUGGAGGCAUGUACAGGGAAGGAAGGAUUUCCCAAAAUCAAAACGUUCAAAAGCAACAUAAAUAGCACAAAUAGUGUGUACAGAGACCUAGAAGAAGCAGAGAAAUGCUACUGGGAAAAAAUCCGGUUUGAAAAAGUGGAUAUCAGUGAGUUGACAUGGGAACAAAAAGAGCAUGUUCUGCGACUGCUUUUUGCUAAAAUGAAUGGCACAAGUUCAUGGAAACGCACCAAAGUUUUGACUGCUUCAGCUCCAGCUCCCGAUGAUCCUAAAGAAGAAAGCAAGAUGGGCACAGAAAAUGCUUAUCCCAACCUACCAUUCAGUACACAGCAGGCCGAAUUACCGGAGUCAUCAUCUGUGCUAAUCCUUCCACGUAUCCAGACGUUUCCACCUCAGACAGAGUAAAGCACCUGUACUCUUUGCAUGAACAACAGCCACAGCAAUUAACUCAUCUGCACUUUUAAUUUUGGAAGUUAACUUGUGAACAAAGCUGUGAAUUUAAAAUCCUCUGCAUGCUGUACUGCUGCUUUGACUACACAUUUGAAAUCCACUUGAAAUACAGUUAUUGU